AUGGAUCCUUAUCGCCCAGGUCAUUAUGAUUUACUUACUGUAGCUCCGUAUCGUGCCCCAACUUAUGAACGACCACCUUAUGUUCCACCGGGAGGUCCUCCUUCUUAUGGACACACUACACGAGGUGGCUAUGCUCCUGGAGGUCCAUCGCAGCGAUCAGGUUAUAUGGGCCCUAGACAAAAUUUUACUCAUGGCCAUGGUAUGCCCAUGGGCAGCGCACCACCAAUGUCGACUCCAGGUCCAGAAGUAGAAAAAUUGACAACUCUUUUCAUUGGGGGAAUAUCACCGGGUGUAACUGAUGAUUGGAUGGAAAAAAUUCUCAAG